AUGACAAGCCAACUCCAAUACCCCUCUAGCACCACCAGCUCCAGUUCCAGCUCCGACUCCAGCGCUAUCUCUCGCCCAUGGAACCCUCACCCAGACGACUCCUCCACCGAAGACGAAGAAGAAGUGCUCUUCGAUCUCGAUGAAACCGCCUUGGCCCAGCUCCCGGUCCAACUGCAACGCACGAUGCGCGAGAUCCAACGCGAGAGAGUCCGUCGAUUCAGCCAGAAGCCGGAAAACAUCGCUUUGGCUGUGAAUGUGAACAUGAACAUGAACAUGACCAUGGUCAUACGCAAGGGUACACGCUCACCUCGAACCAACGAUAGCUACGCAGACAGAUGGGUUCGGAACGUGAUGGCUCGCAGGUCAACAGACCAGGAGAUGAAUAUGUCGCGAGGGACAAGAGAAGUGGCGGACAUGGAUCUAGAUCCGUUUGAGCGCGAGGGCAUAGAUGAAGCAAUGGCAGCCUACAUAAUUGACGAGCACGAUAUGCGGACUUCAUCGGAUCGCUACUAUGGCGGGACGAUGUCAGGACGGCAUAUCUUCCUCGGCCGCGUGGGGUCUUUUGAGAGGAACGCGCUGGCGAGAUGCAAUAGUGGUAGAUGCAUUGACGUGCCUGAAGAGAAGUUCGCCGCGGACUAUGUCUCGGAGAUUCAUGUGCUGGAAGCAGGGGAUGAGGACAAGAUGCAGCAGCGACGAGGGGGCAAGAGGGGCCAGUUUGGCAAGACAAUCAUGUCUGCUGUGCGUGUGCGGGUUAAGAAGAGUUUUCAGAGGUUAAGCAUGUUAUUGAGAAAGUGA